AUGACUAGCAAACGACAGUGUCUCUGUUGCUCUCUGCUCUGCCUGUUCUUCUGCACUGUCAUCCUCCAGCUGUGUCAUAAUGGUCUUUUGAAACAUGUCAAACACUUAUUAGUCAAGAAGCAACUACACCAGACGUCUCUGGCACUAUCUGAUAUAAGACGCCCUCAAAUACUCACCCCGUUCAUCAGUACCGACCCCCCCUCCUCUAGCUCUGUACUCAGUCAUCACAUUAGUUUCCCACACGGAGAUGCCGUGAGGGAUGACGUCCUAAACGCCCCCUGGGUGUCUGUAUUACGAGAAACGCUGCACAAGUUUCCAUCAAAACAACUCAAUCUGGUUGCAAGCAAUGGCCAGUUCAGGUCCAUCUUACUCAACUGGCUGAUUUCCUCACUCGUCAAGCUGCCACGCCCACUUGAUAAUGUCCUAGUGAUAGCUCUGGACAGUGACCUACACACAUUACUGGAGGAGAGAGGUGUACCAUCAGUGUACGUAGACAACACCACUGUGGUUUCCAUGGAUACAGAAAUGCAAACCCGCUACUCACACAUUUGGAUAACUCGGACCACUGUGUACAGACUGAUCAGUCACUGGGGCUAUGACAUCGCCGUGUUUGACUCUGACGCUAUUCUACUGCAGAACCCUACUCAACUGUUUGAUACGUACAAAGAUGUGGACAUGAUUGGAUCUGCUGGCAGUUAUCCGUUCCUACUGGGGGAGAAAUGGGGUGUAACCUUCUGUAUGGGCGUGGCCUUGUUCAGGCACACACACAGAACAGAGCUGCUCUGGGAAGUUCUUGCUGGCACUAGAAACUUUUCAAUGGACGAUCAAGUUAAAUUGAACUAUGCUCUGGACGAGUGCAGUAUUCAGUGGUCCCCCGUCCAUGUCCAAACAGAGACUGUACUGGGCGAGUGUGCAGCUGACAAGCUCGGGGGACUGAGAGUGGCCGUAUUACCUCACAGUGUGAUAUGCAGGAAGGCACCCUGUGCUUCAUCACUGUAUGUCCUCCAUCGCAACUCAAGGAAGGAGAGCUCAGCCAAGAGGCAGAUAGCCAGGACAUACGGUGUGUGGUACCUCAGACCAAACUGGACAAUGAUCGAUAGCAGGACAACUGGUUCCACAAGACUGACUGGAACUGAAUGGUUGCGUGCAAUAGCCAGGUCAUAACUCUGUCACUUGUCAACCUUAUAUCACUCUCAACCCCACACUGUUUUAUAUCUUCAACUUACAUGUAUUUAUGUAAUUCAUAAUUAUUACAAAUAAAGAACAUGAAGACCGUUUUAAUAAUGA